GUUAUCAUCUGGACACAAAACACAAAAACAAAAGUCGAGCACUUCUUGAUAAGGAAAUCUGAAUCGCGCACUAUGAGACGUCGAAGCAAUAACAAUAACAAUAACAGUUGCAAUAACACCAGCAGCGAAAUGGAUAAGUCGAUCCGCUCGACGUUCUCGUUGAAGAAUCAGUGAUCGACGAGGCGUGCGCUGCGAAACAUGUCGUCGGCGCCUACAGAAGCAACUGCCGCUCGAAAGGAGGCCCAGGAUGUGGGGGCAGCAGUUUCGGCGCCUUACAAGGAGGCCAAAGGUGGCGAAGGAAGAGCCUUUAUUGCCGCCCUGGACGUUGGCACCACCUGUGUGCGCUGCUUCAUUCUGGACGAAGGCUGUGUGGUGCGGGGUUCAGCAGUGGAUGCUGUGAAGCUGCUGAAUCCACAGCCUGGCUUUUUUGAGAUCGAGCCAGAGAGCUUGUGGCGCAAGAUCGUCAAUGUGAUAAGGCAGGCGGUGAAGGCUGCCAAACUAACCCCCGCCGACAUCACCUGCCUCACCAUCUCCACGCAGCGCUGCACUUUUCUCACCUGGGAUCAUCGCACUGGCGAUUACUAUCACAAUUUUAUUACCUGGAAAGACCUGCGUGCCGACAAACUCGUAGAUGAUUGGAACUCCAGUUGGACGAAGCGUUCGAUGAAUGGUUUUUCCUAUGCCCUGUACUUGCUCACGCGCCAAUCGCGUUUCCUGGCCGGCAGUGUGCUCAAGCUGAUGAAUGGCCAGGUGACGCCCAGGUUGCUCUACGAGAUUAAGCACAACAAAAGACUGCGAGAGGCUUUAAGCAAGAAAAGAGCUCGCGUGGAGCUACUAGACUCCUGGAUACUGCACAAGCUAAGAGUGGGCAAUGGGCAGGACAAGGAUGUAGAUGUAGAGCACAUAACCGAUGUUACCUCCAGUACGGCAACGGGAUUGUAUGAUCCCUUCACGCUCACCUGGUCGCCGCUGAUAAGUUGGCUUUUUGGAAUCGAUACCAAAAUCCUGCCUCGUGUAGUGGACAAUGGCUACAAGGGCUUUGGUCACGUCCAUCCCACUGCUUUUGGUCCCGAGUGGGCCGACACUAAGAUACCCAUAGCUGCCUCACUUAGUGACCAAACGGCUGCCAUGUGGGGUUCGCAAUGUUUCAAAAAGAACGAUGUCAAGGUCACCAUGGGUACUGGAGCCUUUCUCAAUCUGGUGACGGGUCCCAAGUGCCAUGCUGCCAUCACUGGGAUGUAUCCAUUAGUGGCCUGGCAGGCUCGCCAUGAGAAGGCCAUUUACUGCAUCGAGGGUGCUUCACAUGAUUUUGGCACCGUGGUCACCUGGGCGCAGUCCUGUGAGCUCUUCGAGAAUCCAGCGGACACGGCGGCCAUAGCAGAGUCUGUUGCUGAUACCAGCGAUGUGUUCUUUAUGCCUGCCUUCAGUGGUUUGGGGCCCCCAGUGAAUGAUUAUCGAUCAGCAAGUGGAUUCAUUGGCCUUACACCGUCCACAACCAAGGCGCAUAUGGUGAGGGCCUUGCUGGAGAGUAUUGUAUUUCGUUUGGUCCAACUGAUAGAGGCGGCGGAACAGGAGACCUCUCAGCAGCUUGAGAUGAUAAGAGUUGAUGGUGGUGUUUCUCGCAAUGAUUUUGUUUGCCAGUUCCUAGCCGAUCUCAGCCAGCUGAGAGUGGAGCGGGCUGAGAAUGCCGAGAGCAGCAUUAUGGGUGCCACCUUUAUGGCAGGCCUCAACCAUGGCAUCUGGCGUAAUGUAGAGGAUCUCAAGUGUUUCCGACAGGUGGAGCGUGUCUUCGAGCCGCGACCCAAGGAGCACCCAAAGAUAGUGGCCCGCAUGGACAAGUGGAGUAGGGCCAUAGCCCGCUUCAGCGACUGGUACUAGGUUUCAUACUUUCCCUUAUAUUUUUUCUUGUUUGUUAAAAGCUAAAAAGUCAUUAAAUACUUAGAAGGCUAAGGUAA